GUUCCUGCAAAAAAAAUUUCAUUUCAAAUAAAUUUUGCAGUCCUAUCUUUCCCCAAAUAUAAACAAAGCCCAAUUAACUCUCCGCCUCCGCCUUUUAUUCAUUACUCUCCGCCAUUAGAACUUCUAAUACCCCAUAUGGCGCUCAAGUUUCUAAGCUUGCAGAUGCUUCUCUGGUGCUUCAACCCAGAUGGCCCGCCGCGCCCUUCUCCAACUCCGCCGUCCGGGCCGUCGACGGCGAGGCUUAUUGGGCUGGACGGGCGGGUCACCGUGUACAAAAGGCGGGUCAAGGUGGCGGAUCUGAUGAGGGAGCACACGUGUCAUCUAGUUUGCCGCUCCGAUUCCUUCUUUAUCGGGCAGAAGGUUCCUGCGCUCUCUGAAGCUGACGAGCUUCAGCUGGGCCACAGCUAUUUCCUUCUUCCAAGCCAGUUCUUUCAGUCUGUGCUUUCCUUUGUCACCAUAGCCUCGUCGCUGGCUAAGGGCGGUAGGGGUUCUCUUAGGCAUUUCGACAUACACCUUACGGACACGGGAAAGUUGCAGAUACGGAUUGGGGAGGAGGAGGAGGAAACUAAAAGAGGCCGGCCUGUGUGCACGACGCUUGCUUUGGAGAAGGAAUACGAGCAGCUUGUGGGGUGGAAGUCGCGGCAAUGGAAGCCGAAGUUGGAGAGGAUUGUUGAGGUGCCGGAGAAGAGGAGGAGGAGGGGAGGGAAGAUCAGGUUUGGGCUUUUUGGUGGGUUUAGAAGAAAGAAGGGUGAUUUUUCUUUGACUAAGGUUGCUUUGUAGUUGAAGAAGAAGUAGCAGAAGAAGAUGUGAAUAGCUUGAUUUUGCCUUUUGUUAAUUAUUAUUAACUUUUUUUUUAAUUUCCUGAAUUAAUGUUUUAUUUUUUUA